AUGACACACCAGCCACCCGCUAGUGUUGGCAACGAUGCUCCCUGCUUACUGGAGGCCGGCUCUCUGCUGCACGGUUCCUUUCUUUCAUUUCUCUUCCUUCAUUCCUUCAUCCAACUUCUCCUCCUCCCCUUCCUCAUUUUCCAAUCCUUCCUAUCUCUCCUCUUCCUUUUCCUCAUCUUCCACUCGUUUCUCAGCCUUCUCCUAUUCCAGCCCCUCUAUCUCUUCCUUCCCUACUUCUUCCUUCCAUUCUUCAUCUUCCACAUCUUUCUCCCGUUCUCCCACUUCCUUCUCUUCAUCCUCCCCUUCCUCUUCUUCCUCUUCCUUUUUGACGUGGAGGAAACCUUGCUGGAGGCUUUUCUCUCUCUUCCGCCGUCUCUCUCCAUCUCUCUCCCUACGUCGCAUUUUCUCUCCCUUCGAAACCUUUACCCCACAUGCACAUCCUGCCCCUCCUCCCCUCCCUGCCCUUCCCCUCCCGCCACACCACAUGAGGGCCUUACUUUCGCCCCUUGCUGUGCUUGUGGCCGCUGUAAAAGGUGUUGUUCCUGCUGUUUCUGCUGCGAUAGGAGGAGGCAGAGGGCCCGUCACGCUGCCUGGUACACCUGGUUCACAUACCUGCCCUCACCUGCCCACAGCCUUGCACACCUGUACACACCUGCUCUCACCACACCUUUAAGUGUCAGCGGGGGUCCAGAGGGGGGCGGGGAGAGGUGUGGCAGAUGCGGGGGCGGGUUCUCCCUCUUCUUUAAUAAGAGGGUGGUGUGUGGCGGUCCUUGUCAAGUCACCGUCUGCAGGAGGUGCGCGCCCUGGUCACCCGCGGCUAAGGCUUAUGUCUGUGGCGUGUGCUCUAGUCCACUUCCUCCAUUCACUCUACACACUCCUCUUCCACCUACAGAGUGCAAGGAGGUGGAGGCUGGCGUCCGCUCCCACAUAGAAGCUUUGGUGGAGGGGCAAGUUGGAGGGCCUCUAGAUUCUGUCAGUGCCUCGCCCACCGCCGCCCAUCCCCUUCAGCGGCGGCUGUUCAGCACACACCACGCUGCCCUCAGCACCACCAUUGCCAAGCUGUCCUACUCCCUGCAGAUGUCCAUUCUUAACCAGCCGCUGCCCCCAGAAGACCUGCCCACAACACGCCACACCCACUUGACCGACCGUGUCACUCAGGUUCUCCGCGACGCCAUGAUUCUGCCGCGCCAGAUGGAGAGUUACGACCCGGCGAUGUCUCCAGAAACCCCCGUGGAAGAUUUCAAUUCCCACACGUACGAGGACAUCCUGGCCACGGCAAUACUGAACAAGGUGCUGGAGUCGUGUGAAGGGAAGCGGCCUGACGAAGUGACCAUAGAAGUGAGUCACGAUGUUGCCAGCACGGACACGGACAGUGGCAUGUCAGGAGGGGCGAAGGAGAGCCGGCGAGGACGUCACAAGAGCGAAGCUGGGUCAGAGGGUAGCGAGGAGAGAUCACUAACGCCCCCAGCCCGCCACACCCCGGCCCACCGCCCACCCACCGCCAGUCCAGACCAAGGCGUGGUGACGGACGAGUGCUGGGGCCCCGCCUACACCGCCCACGACGCGCCUCUGCAGUUCAAGAUCGAGGAGCACGUGGAGGAAGUCACCACCCACCACGUGACUGACGAGGACGAGGACGAGGACGAGGGUGAUGCCAGUGACUCAGGGUCGUGGCGCGGCUCCCGUGGGUCCCUGGAGGAUCGCAGGAGGACGCGGCGCCACAAGAAGGUGACGCAGCAUUCCGUGACGCAGGACCCUCUUGUCUCCUGCCUGCCCGUCGCCUUGCCGGACCCCACCCAGGUCACCUCCAGGCGGGUGUCCUUCCCCGAGCUGGGGCGGGAUAUUAUACAAGACUCUUGUUCUGACACUGAGUGCUGCACGGUCAGUCCCAGCGACAUGGUGGUUGAGGCGGAUUCGUGGGAGGAGAAUUGGCUCUUCCGCCGGCAACGUCUGGCGGGGGGCAAAAACUCUGAUCCCAUUACCAUGCUCAUCCCCAACCCUGAGGCUCAUGUCACUGCUACAGUGGGGAACAGAGAUGUGGAUGAGCUGUCAGAGCUAUCAGAGCAGAGGUCAGUGUGCAGCAGUGAGCCAUGGAGUGACAGCGAUGGGGAGGGGGAGGGUCUGUACUCAGGUUCCCCCAAUGCUGCUUCACGGGAACUGUCCUUGCUGGCAGGAGAAAUUGUAGCUGAGUUUGGGCAGCAGGACCAAGAAUACACAGUGGACUACAGUGCAGCAAGCAGGAUGGCUGCAAGGAGAACCCCACCGCCACACUCCCCCUCCUACAGCAAGCCCUCCCGGCCCCACUCCCUCCUGCAGCACACCCGACAUCCUAUGGAGCCAUCCAGGGAGUACCACAAUGGAAGGCCAGCAAGAGGGACACCUCGAGACUCUGAAUCGGUGUCGGACAAUGAGCGGCCAGUGCCCAAGCCAAGGAAACUAUCCUUAGCCACCACACCAUCCUCCAAGGCCUCAGACAAAUCCCCAGGCAAGCCUUUCUUGUCCCCAAUGGAGGACCUCACCAUCCUGAGUCCACCUCUCAAUGUGCCACUGCCAAGUGAGGCAAAGAGUAGUAGUGAAACAGUGUGGUUUGUGGAGACACCCCAGGACUGCGUUGUGCUUCAGGGGCGCACCCUCAGGCUGUCCUGCGUCCUCAACACCAAGAGGCCCAUGGGACUGACCUGGUACCACAAUGGGUCACUAGUACAGUCAGGUGGGCAGGAGGUGUGGGCCUGGCGACGAGGACCCACCCACCACCUCCACAUGUACAAUAUGACUCCAGCUGCUGCAGGAGUGUAUGCUGCUGCUGCUUACACAGCCUCACACUGUGUGUGGGCCUUUUGCAGGGUGCAUUACAAAGCCAGUGCCCGGCCAGCAAAGCAACCAACCUUCACCAAGGGCCUUACAAAUGCUGCUGUGGAGGAGUGUGGGGAGCUAACCCUCCAAUGCCAGGUCCAGGGCCACCCAGAGCCCAGGGUCACCUUCUCCCGAGGCACACAGCAGCUGCAGCCUUCCUCGCGCUUGGCCAUAGAGAGUGACCAGUAUGGGACAUGGACCUUGCGUCUCAGUGACUGCGCUCUGGUCGAUGCAGGAGAGGUCACUGCCACUGCCAACAACACACUUGCCUCAGCUACUUGCAGGUGCCAAGUGAAGGUAUUCCCAGAGGGCACCCCACUUCCCUGCCAAGAUGCCUCCCGUUCUUCCAGGCAACAGAAGUCCCAGAACAACCAACAGCUCAAGGGGAGGUCAGGCAGCAAGCUCACCCAGAAGACAUCCCACCCUGGUCCUCACCUCUCUGACAACACAGCCCGCACACCUUCCACUGCUGCAUUAAUCACACCAUCUCACCUCCAGCUUGAGGACUCAUUAACCACAUCCUCAGAUGCAAAACGUGGUGGUAGAGAGCAGGAAGACAUUCAGCAGGUGCCCACCAAGCCAGGUACUGCUUCAGGGAAGCCUGAGGACCUCAGUGGGGCCUUGGAAGAGUUGCAUGAUACUACUCUUGAGGAGACCCAGAGAAGCCCACUGCUCCUGCUGUCUAAUACUGCCAGUGCUUCAGAAGCUAGUGUGCAUGAGGAAUUAGAUGCAAUAGCCGGUGAUGUUGGUGGUGGUGGUAGUGGUGUUGGAGCUGCAGCAGUCUCAGUCAGGCAUUCAGGCCAGGGAUCCAAUAAGCAUCUGCAUAAUUUUUCCGCUAUUGCUGAGGAAACCAGUGACCUUGCUGCUUGUGUUGGUGAAAGCUUUCCCUCUGCUCCUGUACAUGGUGCUAGUCUGGACCUGGACUACUAUCCCUCAAGCCAUGAUGACCAUACCUCCUCCUCCUCUGAUACUGAUAAUAAUGAGGAUGGGAAGGAACUAACCUUGAUGAGACCCACUGAUUACCUCCACUCUACAUCCUCAACACAUCAGACCUCCCAGACUAACCCCCCAGCCCUUCCUUCCUCCCUCCCUCCUAACCAGCUGCAUGCCUCUAGCUCCCUUGAGGACCCCUGCCUCCAGAAGCAUGAAGGCUGCCUUCGGGAUUCUCCAUCCUCUGCCUCCCCAUCUGGUGCACCUCAGUCAGUCACAGGAACCAUAGCUGAGCGUGAGCACCGCAAGUGGGAGGCUGCAGUGCCACUCCCCAACAACCCCUACUCCCCAGAGCGCCUAGCACACCGCCUGUCACACUCCCGCCCCCCUGACCACGCCAUCUACACCCGAUCUUCCUCUGUAGAUUUUUCUGGGGGCAGUGAGGUUGACCUGGAUCCGAGCCUGCAGGACGGCUUACCAUGCAGGGCAGACCUCAACAGAUACAGCCGGGACUACUAUGUGGCAGGCAGCACUAAUGGCACUGCUGCUGCACGGAGCAGGAGUAACUUUGUUAACCACCAAAAACAUGGUCAGGAGAACUACCAGACCCCCAAGCCACAACCUCUGACCAAUGGAUGCCACACACCACCCAACACCUCACAGCAGGUCACAAGAAAUGGCCAGGAUAUCAGGAUUGCAUUAGGAGGCAACCAAAACAGUACCACCAGCAAGAUACAGAACCUAAGGGACAUCCAAGGCAAGAGUGAGGUGGAAGGGGAAGCUUUGAGGUGGUGGACUCUUGCAAGGCUGUGGAGGAAGGACGAACUGAAAGAUAUUCAGGCGGCACGUGUGGAGCAGGAGGUGGCCCGGCUGCAGCGGACCAUUGAUGAGAAGCAGCGGCGUUGGGAAAUAUAUGCCAGACAUGCUCCGGGGCGGGGCAUCUCCACUCUGUCUGACGGCUCCACUGAACACCUCCACCACCCACACUCUGAGGCGUACCUUGUGCCACCUCGACAUGAUCUAUGGAGGACAGUGAGUGAAGACACCAUCUCAGUGCCCCUGAGAGAGGUGGCCCCUCAGCAGCCCCUCCUUCGCCACACAAGCAUGGACAGUCUCCGCCCCACCACCAAAGUCUCCAACAUCCAGUCUCUUGCUCACCAGCCCCAGCAAAGCACUACUAGCAUCAAUUCAGUAGGCAGUAGUAGCAUUGAUGGGCAGCCACCUAACCACUCUACCUUGAGCCACUUGGGAAGGUCUUUGGAUAGUGUUGGUGGAGACAGUGAUCGAGAAGUCAUGGACAGUGAUGGCUCCCACCACACCCCAGACUCACCUGCUCUGCCCUCUGUCAAGAAGUUGGCCUCCAGGUUUGAUACAGGUUCCCAGAAAGUGAACAACUUGGACAAGCUUGGCAAAAAUAAUUCUCACUCCCACUCCGGCAAGAACAUCCACAGCAUUGGACGAGUUCCCCAGACUGACCGAGCCACAUACACCAACAACUUCAACAAGCGCAAUGAGAAGCCCUACGUCAUGAAGGAGGUAAGGUCUCCGACCAAGGUAUCGCCUCUCCCAGACCCUGACACAUACAGCAGUGAUAAUUGGGAGUCUGAUGACGCAGAGACAGUGACCAGCAUGAGUUUGCCCCCAACUCCAGUCUCCCUCAGUAACAAUUACAGCUAUAGUACCUCUAGUCUCAUUGACACAGACUCAUCCCACUUUGACUCCAAGGACACAGAUACACAAGCCCCCAGGACUUUCUUUGGGGUGACCCUCCGCAGGACAAACAGAAGUUCCCCUGUUCAUGUGUAUAGCAGAAAACGGGACUCCCUCUCAAGUGAGUCCUCCCAUGCGGACCAGAAAGAUAUGAACUUCAGGCGGCUGUCAAGUACAAGUCUGGCAAGUGUGGAGCAAGUGCAGACGCCUUCCAGUGUGGGACAGCUGCAGACGCCCUCCAGUAGUGAAGAGGAUGCACCUGCCACCCUGCGACAGUCCACGAUCAUCAAGGUGGAUCAAAAUCCACAUUUCAGUUUUAGUGGUCAUCAGAAUUCCGUUCCUAUCAGAAAGUUUACAAAAUCCCAAAGCCUGGCAGAUCUGUAUCAACCUGAGGACCAGAGCCCUCCACCUUCUUACUCCAGACAGCAGCACAACUCGCCAAAUAUUAUGGGUUAUGCAUUUGCACCAAAAGGGAAAAGAAGCAUGUCUAACUUCUUGAGAGCAUAUACAAGGCAGAAGUCCCUUCAUGAUAUUCAUCAAAUUGAUGAAAAGGCUGAGGAAAAUUUCAGCAUUCAGGAAGCAGAUGAUGACUACAUUCAGCAGAGGUUCUUAAAUCAGAGAAAGGAGCCUGCAUCACUGCCUACCACUCUCAGGAAAGCCAAGAGUGAAAAGAUUCUUACAAGUAUUGGUAAUGAUUCAAAGAACUUACUAGAUUUAAAUAUCAUUACAAGUAGUAAGAAACCACAACUCCCUAAGAGAAUGUAUGAACCAUCAACCACAGAUGACUCCAUAAAGAAAGAAAUCACUCAUGAAAACAUCAGCACAAUCUCAACAACAUCUAAAGACUCUGUCCAGGCCAGUGUUGCAGGAGUGACAACACCCAGCCAAGAGACAAAGCCUAGUGUUGUGGAAGUGACAACACCAAGUCAGGAGACAAAGGCCAAUGUUACAGUAGUGACAACACCAAGUCAGGAGACAAAGGGUUGUGUUGAAGUAGUGACAACACCUAGCCAAGAGACAAAUAGUGCUGAUGAAAAGAUUGCACAUGUGAAGAAAAGUGUGCCAGAAGUGACUAGUCAUUCUUCUGAAGGGACCGAGUAUCCUUUAGAAUCUCAAGAGAAUGACGAACUUGUUGCUGCUACAAUUGUCUAUUGCUCUGGAGAAGAUCCUUCUGAAAUAGUUUUAAAUGAGGCUCAUGUUUCUGCAUUCCAGGAGCACCUCAAGAAGGAGGUUCAGCAUGUGUCAGAGGAGUCUUCCUCCAGUGAUGGACAGGCAUCAAGUGGAGGCAACACAAUGCGUCGACACAAGAGUGUAGGAGAUUUGCUGAAAGACUAUUCUAAUAUAAAAUCAAUUGACAAGAAGAAACAUUCUGCACCCAUCAUUCUUCCUCAGAAAAAAAACAAUACUGAUAGUACAGAACCUUACAAGACAAUUAUUGCAGUUGAACACAAUCCUACACAAGCCCCCUCAAAGACUUCCCAUGCUUCCCAAACUAAAACUUCAAGCCUCACCAGACCAAAGCCUAACCCUGCACCAAUGCCUAUGAAGAAAAGUUUGAGUCAUUCCUACUUCAGGAAUGUAAACAAAGAGACAGGGAACUCUCAGACAGUUAUUAGUUUGUCUGAUAAAAAAUCAUCUGAUGAUAGUAGUAACGAUGUGUUCCAUGCAAGCACCAUCUAUGUUGGUGGUAAAAGUGACUCUAAUACAGAUUAUUCAACUAAAAUUACUCUCAAUGGCAGAGCUUCACCACCAUUCAAAGAGGAAGUUACUGCUAUGAAUGACAAACAUUUUAUUGUACCAACAGAAACACAGCCUUUCACUUCUGUUGGGCAAUAUGGGUCUAUGGUACCUAAGGAUGCUAGGAAAGAAGAAAGGGAUAAAGAUACCAGUGAUAUGCCGGAUUCAAUGAUAACAACAGUUGAAGUGAAUGAUACUUUCAUCAAAAUUAAAGGAAAGGAAACAAGUGACAGCUCCCAUGUCAAAGUGGUAAAUGUCACAAAGAAAGUUAAUGAUGUAGAUGACUCAGCAGAGGAGCUUGAACAAGAAGAUCCCAGGAUCCUCAAGGAAUUGAUCAUGAUGGAGUCUCGUACGGGUAAAAGUGGCAUUGGUACAAAAAUUAUAGCAAGAAAAGAAAAAAUUAAGGAUGCGUCUGUUCCCCUCAAUUCCCCAUUUUCUCCUCUAAGAUCUCAGCCCAGGAAAAAGUCGUCCUCCUCUUUGUCUCCCAGUGAGGAGACUCCAACCAAGCUGACCAGCCAGGAGUCGCAGGAUGAAGGUGUGGACUUACCCAGUGAUACUGCUCCGUCAGCCAGUAGUCAGGACCCAGCAGGGCCUGAGGGGGACCAGCCCAGGGUAUAGUGCUACAGAUCCUCGUGCAUGGUGCCCAGGAUGAGGUACACAGCCUCACUGCCCGCAGCAUGCCACUCCGUAUUAGGGAAGGUCUGCGUGCUGGUCCUGCCUGUGUCACACUCCAGGGUCAGUCUUCCCCCAGCAGGGAUGCCCCUUCCCCAGAACACCUUGGCAUUCCCUG